UGCGCCGUUAACCGUUAUGCUGCCGCGCGGUCAGCAGAGCACAGGCUCACAUACCCGCGCCGUAGCGAGCGCAACCUGUCACGCUGCAUCACUCUCGCCUACUUUCUGUGUGAGUCUGCUAUCUGGAAGUCGGCAUCCUUUUGCGAUGCAUUUCUCCACAUCUUUGCCGCUCUUGAACAACCCCAUCGACCAGAGCUAGGAGGGGACACUGAACGAGCAGCGCAGUCCGCUGCUGUAGCAGCACUGCUAUAGCCAUGGCUACUGCUGAACUGCCUGUCCUCCCGGACAUGAACUCUGGCCCAAGGAACUUCAUCACCACCGAUCAAGAUCAUGGCGGCAUUGCGCUCACAAUUUGCACACUCAUGGCUACUUGGGUUGUGCUUUGCUUUGUGGUCCGUUGCUACAUGCGCGCAACAGUCAGUGGGCCUUUUGGAAUGGACGACAUAGUCUGCUCUGUCGCAACAAUGUUUGGCAUGCUUCAGACCACAGUAUCCUCCGUAUCAAUCUCCUACGGCAUGGGUAAAGCUCUGGAGUUAUUGACAGAAUCAGAGAUCGUCAAAUCCGAGAAGGCCAUCUACGCUGCUCAAUUGCUCUAUCUCAUCACGAACAUGCUCACGAAAUGCACUGUGGCUUUGCUACUCGCGCGCAUAGUCUUCAUCAAGAGCCGUGUAUACGCCUGCUACGGAGUACUCAUCUUGUCCUGUGUAUGGGGAAUUUCAGCGUUCCUGGCACAAGCCAUUCGGUGCUCUCAACAUCCACCAUGGCAAAUCGUGGUCGAUCAAUGCCCCAACAACUACCGCUCGUGGCAAAUUAUCACGGCUUUCAACAUUAUCAUCGAGAUUCUGCUGUUCGCAAUGCCCGUGUGGCUGGUGUACAAUCUGCAGACCGAGCUUUCGAAAAAAGUCACAGUAAUCUCGGUCUUCUCACUGCGUCUGCCGGUCAUCAUAGCUGCGAUACUACGAAUCCAUUACCUGGGCGACAUGCUAGGAUCUUCGGAACCUCUUCUAAGAGGCGUCCCUUCCUUCAUCUGUCUCAACAUCGAGAUGCAUUGGAGUCUGAUAGCCGCCACUAUUCCAACCCUCAAGCCUUUUGUCGGGGCAUUCAACACUGGAUGGGGCACGUACGAUACCCAAGGGAUCAGCGGAUACGGUCAAGGAAGUGGAAACUCAUAUGCGUUGCGCUCCCUUGGUAGGAGAAGUGCGCGCAGCGGCAAAGCGGGCACACCUGCGGCUGGCACGCAGAACAGUAAUGCAGAGAAAGACCCCAUCGAUGGGCGACAGAGUUGGGGAAAGAAUGUCACGCAUGUUAGGUCCAAUCGGACCUCUACUGGCAGCGACGAUUCGGAUAGGAUGAUCAUACGGCAAACGCAGACCUGCGAGGUUCAUAUGGAAGUGGAGGAUAGAGCGGAUGACUUGCUGGUGGAUCGACGAGAAGACUCGAUUGAAAGCGCUCCAAGAGAUCCACUGUCUUUGACGCGGUGACAGAACUAAUGCUACGCGAGGUUUCGGCAAACGAGUGGAAACACAGGCAUGGAAAUAAGGUUCGAAAGCAGCAAGGACAGGGCGAUGAACACUCGGAAUUUUUCUGCAUCGCUUUGCAGUAUCCAUGCGAAAAUGCCGAUACGCUGGGUCCCGCACGCGGCCACCAUCCUCUGGAAGUGAAGGUGGUCUGUGAUUUUGUGGAAUCAGUUCAGCUGUUAAGGACAGCUGCCUCCAGAUUGUUCGCUUCGACUAUUGGAAGUGGAGUACGAGAGAGAAAGCGAACAAGGUGGCAAUGCCAGAGUCACAUGCUUUCUCGUAUAAGACACAAUUCUGUGUGGGCUGCAAAGGCUCGCACUCUGAUUGGAAUAGAUGAUACCCAGGCAGUUGG